CCUAAACACUCAGAGUAGCUGGAGAAGCGAAAGAGAAGUGAAGCCAGAGGAUCAACAGGCAGCCUGACACUCAGAGAGACUUAUUGAAAAAGUCUGCGAAGAAUGGGAAUGACUUUGGUUACUUUUCGAUCAAGACAACUCGCUGUCAUGUGGAUGUACUUCAGCCGACUUCUGUUGUUGAUGCUCUAAACAUGGCAGGUCUCUCAGCAGCACAGAGCCAAGGGAGGCUGUCUGGAGAGGAUUAUCAAGACCAACAAUGAGAAAACUUUCUGCUUUAUAGAGGAGAUACGUCUGCAAAGAUGAACCCUGAAUCUCUGGACUCGUCCAUCCAGGGUGCUCUCUCGGCCCUCUUCCCACCCUUCGAGGCCACAGCACCCAUCGUCCUCUGUCAGCUGUUUCGCACCAUAGAGGAGCGUUACCAUGGUGAUGCGUUACACUGUCUGCUGGACUUCCUCAUCCCAUCCAAACACCUGCUGGAGAGCGUCCAACAGGCAGCAUGUGCUGGAUACUCUGAUGUGGUUUUCCGCUGUGAGGGCUGGCCUCUGUGUCUCCAUGACAAGACCGUCAUCCAGUUAGCGCCCGUGAACCCUCUGCUGCUGCGUCCUGGAGACUUCUAUCUGCAGGUGGAACCUUUCGGGGACCAAGCGGCUCGCGUUGUCCUCAAAAGUCUCCUGGAGGAGGGUUGUCGAGAAGUGGAGGAGACCCCCGUCCCCGAGACCUCCUACCCCUGCAUCUUCACCGAGGAAUGGCUGCGGGACAUCAAUGAAGGACGCCAAGGCACUCCUCUGUCACGUUGCUUGCUUUGCACGGAUCAAGGGGUGAUCAAGUUGCCCUGGGCUAAAAUCGCCAUCCCAGAGUUUUUAGACAAGCCUAAGAUCAUGCCUACUUAUCGGGAAGCUCCACCUGAACCAAAACAGAUCGCAGUUCCCACCCAUUUCAACUCCUCCACCCUCCCGAUGGAAGCCAUUUUUCUUCCUGCGAAAGACAGGAUGCCAUCAUCUUUGAGAUCUGCGGACAAACUUGUCAAAAUGGAUUAUGAAAGACGAACCCCCAAAUCAUGCUCCAGGCCUUUAAUCAAACCUGUUGGUUGGGUUUCUCCUAACACCUGGGACAGUCGUAACUAUCGAGAGAUUGAGGGCGAUUAUGUAGACCUGGUGGAUAUUGCCAAAGGGAAGGAGUUUGUGGAUAAACAGAGAGGCAGCCAUCCACAUCCACCUAAUUCAGCUUUGUUUAAACCUGUCAGACCACCGCCACCUGUACCACUUGGUGUUCCCUGUGGACGCACCCUUCAGUGUAAAGACGAGCCUUGCACGCCAUGCAGCCAGAGACAGCUGGGGCAUGAGCCCACUGAUCACGACUUGAAGUGUCGGUACAGAGACUCGUACGUGGCAGCACUGAGAAACCCAGUCGCUUUUGAGAGGGGGAGCGUAGACUUCCUGGCCGCCCUGGAGGAGGUCGGCCUUUGCGAAGAGUGCGAGCUAAGACCCAAGGGUGCAUUUGAAGCUCAAAGAGACGAACUUGGAAACUUUUGCAACCACUGUAAUAAACCUGUGUUAAGUAAGGAGCUCUGCCAAUACAGACACGGCUGUGAACCAACAGCAGAGUCUCACCUCAAAGACCUUCCCACGAGUUCUGAAUCAGAAAACCUCAUGAAGGAAUCACCCACGAUUUUGAAAUCAACCCCAGGAUUGAGCCAGAGUCAUAAGGUUCAGAUGAAACUUAUUUCCCACCAGUCGGGACACAAUGCCAGCGUGCAUCCAGAUGGUGACGUUCAACCACAUCAGAAAGUGGAGGUUGUGACGCCAUCGGGAAAACACAAAGUCAAGGUUAGGUCUCUGUCCACUGUGUCGGAGACUUCUAAAGGGAGUCCACUUCUCUAUAAAGUCAACAACAGGAGCCACAGUGACAUCUGCCCGGAGACAAUCAGCAGCAUAAUGCAGUGUAAGAAAAGUGAACUGUUGGAUCAGGUGACCUUGAAGCUGGAAAGACUGAAGACCCUUAAAAAAGACUCACAGUCAAGUAGGAGUGAAACUCCCUCCGCCGCAGAUGGACCAGACUCCAAACUCCAUCACUCAAAGACAGAAAAGCCAUCUCCUGCACAAGUUCAACUACCUUCUGCAGGUUCUGACUCUCCUCAGCCUCCACAAACCAAGGAAUCAGGCUUGAGAGGCGUCAGUGGUCUGCUUGAACUGGGCAUUAUUAGUCUGCCAGGCAGCAGGGACAGGACAGGCAGGGCGGUGGUGGAGGUCCACGGUGGCAGAAAGGAGUGGACUUCCCCUCUUGUGUCAGCCCAGACUGUCUGUGAAUUACUGCUCUACUUACUCUCCAUACCAAGGAAAGAAGUGCGAGAGCUGGGAAUGACUCUGGUCAUCAAUGCCAGGAAGAAGCCUCCUUCACCUCACCUCUACAAAGCUCUGCUGAUGGCCCAGGAGCAAGCUCUCCAUGCCGUCCACAGUAUCGUGAUGCUGGUGGAUAAAGACACUUGUCCUCGACCUGAAAAACAGCCAGGGUUACAGAUGGACAUAGUGACUUCUAUGAAAGCCCUCAACAAGACAGUCGAAGCUUCCCAGCUGACCUCUGACUUGGGAGGGACCUUUACUUACAGUCAUACCGACUGGCUGCAGUUCCAUCAGAGACUGGUUUCUUUCAUGACUGAGCUACGAGGGGCAGACAGCUUGUUGCAGAAGGCCAUCAAGAAAGUGGACGGCAGCAAAAAGAUAGACACCGCCCAGGAAGUGCAGCAAUGCAUCGAGGAACAGAGGGCCUCAAUGAAAGAGGUGCUGGAAGACACUCGACUGGUGACUCUGCAAAGAGAAGGAGGAGCUUUACUGGCCAGAAUGAGGAGGGAGGAGUUCAGAUUUCCACAGUCUGAGGACUACAGAGAUGCUCUGGAGUCAGUGACCAGUCUGUACAACCAGGUGGAGGAGAAGCUCCACACUCUGGUGAUGAGGUCAAAUGAGUCACUGCAGCACCUGGAGUUUCUCUUCAGGCUCCGAGAGAUGGAGGCCAACAUUAGCACGGCUGGGAUGUGGUUCAACACAGAAGGCGAACAGGGACUGAAGGACUCUUACAUAACAGACGAUACCCUGGUGUGCACUGAAAAGGCCUUGCAGGACUUUGAUGUUUUUUUCACUCAGUCUAAGGAGAAACAACAGUACGCCCUGACCCUAGUGACGGAGGCAGAGGGACUUGUUGGCACGAGUGAUUCCUGUCCUGCUACAGAUGUUUUUCGGACUCUGGUCAGCACUUUCAAAUCCAAUAUGGAUGACUUUAUGUUGCGUGCAGAACGGAGGCACAAAGAACUGGACAAACUGGUGCAUGUGCACCGCUUCUGUGAACAGGCGUCUGGCCUGGCCACAGAAUGCACUCCUUUUUUGGAGCAGGUAGAGCAGGGGUGUUACUCAGCUCAGGCCCUGAAAACACUCCAGAUGUAUGAAGAGAGAUUAGGUGGGGAAUUCUCCACCCAGCACUUCCAGGCUCUGAAAGCUAAGGCCUGUGCCGUGGGAUCAGGGGCCUCGGGGGUGAUGGGAGUGUGGAAUUCAGCCUGGGUCCGGUGCCAAGAAGUUAGGCAGCGUCUUGAGGAGAUGCAAAAGAAGGAGAGGGGAGUAGAUAAGAACCAGAUCCAGCGGGGCACAGCUGCAAACCUUCAAGGGGAAGAUGGAGGAGUGGAGAAGGAGGACAAGAGGAGUGAGGUGGGGGAGGAUGAAUGCCUCCUGACCCUGCAGCCGACCUCUCAGGAAGAGGUAGUCAAUAUCUCAGAAGGUGAAGGAGAAAGCACCGCUGCUGCGUGCUUCAACCUCCAUUUAAAACCUGACUUGAAAGGAGAAUCUCAAGCGCAGAAAUUACCUGAAGCAGCAGUUCAAAAUGAGAAAAAAAUUAAAAUUUUCCCCCCACAAAACACUGACUGUCAUCCAGAAAGCAAACAGAGGCCAAGAGUGCACAACAGCGAGGCAGAUCUGAGGAGCAGACACUCAGUUGGAGGGGGCAAUGAUUUUCCAUCGCACCAACCUUUGGGUCGGUCCCUGAGCGAGGGCUCGAAUGCGAGCUCUCAUUUGACGAGCAUCUCGGGUUUUUCACCUUUGAAUGUAAGGCACAAACACUGUCAGAGCGGAACACCGCUGCUGGAACUGAAUCCGCAGCCCGUCCAGAAUCUGCCUGUUUCCCAUAACGAGAGUUUACGGUCAGGAAACCUAAGCUGCGACUCAAAAGGAGACAGUAAUGAAGAGGAGGGUGGAGGAUGCACAGUCUCCACCCAGAGCCCUAAAGAGUCAAGGACCCAAGAGACAUUACUCACACCAGCAGAAAACAAUGGCAGCAAUGUUUUGAAGCUGCGGAGGAUCAUGGAGGAGCUGCUGUCCACAGAGAGGGAGUACGUGAAGGCUCUGGGUUACGUUCGAGAGCACUACUUCCCCGAGCUGGAGAGGCCCGACGUCCCUCAGGACCUCAGGGGCCAGCGGGGGAGCAUCUUCGGCAACUUAGAGAAACUCCACGACUUCCACCGACAUCACUUCCUGGAUGAGCUGGAGAGCUGCGUGAACGAACCCUUCAGAGUGGGACGCUGCUUCCUACGCCAUAGAGAGAACUUUGCUUUGUAUGCCCUUUACAGCAAGAACAAACCACAGUCUGAUAGUCUUCUCAUCAAUCAUGGACAGGCUUUCUUCAAGCAAAAGCAGCUGAAGCUGGGGGAUAAGAUGGACCUGUGGUCGUACCUGCUGAAGCCCGUGCAGCGGAUCAGUAAGUACAGCCUGCUGCUGCAGGACAUGAUGAGGGAGUGCGGUCCGGGACAGACCAGAGAGAUGGCUGAGGUCAAGGCCGCCCUGGAGGUCGUCCACUUCCAGCUCCGCCACGGAAACAACCUGCUGGCCAUGGACGCCAUCCACCACUGUGACGUUAAUCUGAAGGAGCAGGGGCAGCUGAUACGCCAGGAUGAGUUCUUGGUGACAUUCAGGAAGAAAAAAUGUUUACGCCACAUUUUCCUCUUUCAAGAGCUCAUUCUCUUUAGCAAAACCAGGAAGACGGACGUAGGAAAUGAGACAUACAUCUACAAACAGUCUUUCAAGACGUCCGAUGUGGGCAUGACCCAGAACAGCGGUGACAGUGGCCUGUGUUUUGAGAUCUGGUUCAGGAAGCGGAAAACCCAGGACACGUACACACUUCAAGCAGACAGCCGGGAGGUGAAGGACGCCUGGGCCAAGGCCCUGGAGCGGAUCCUGUGGGAGCAGGCAGUACACAACAGAGAGGUCCGUAUGCAGGAGAGAGUGUUCAUGGGUAUUGGAAACAAGCCCUUCAUGGACAUCAAGCCCAGUGAUGCAGCUAUCAGUGACAGAGCCGUCAACUACGUACUGGUGGGAAGAGAAAACAGGGUGCUCUCCUCUGUGGGAUCACGCGGUUCACAGGACGGGCUUCCUGGUGGUCGGCCAAAAUCGGUUGGUUCAGGAAGCAGCUCGUCUUCCUCCUCUUCCUCUGGAAGAGGUUCCCUGUCCCCCGUGGGAUACAUGUGUGGGCCAAAGCGGAGGUCAGGUCUUGGAGGAUACGUAUCGCCUCCUGGAGCUCUGGAGGAGGACGACCUGGACCAUGAGACUGGGAGUCACAACUUAUUGUUGGACAGCUCCGAGUCGUCAGGAGAGAGCGUGAGCGGCUUCAGCAGCUCCAGUCACAGCUACCACUCUGCUGUCGGAGGAGAGGUGGAGGACGUGAUCACUGUUAAAGACGCAGCGGUCGCUCACGGAGCUGAAGCCUCUGCAGUCGUCCACAAACCAAAUGCUCUGGCAGGAUUCCCAGAAAAAAUCCAACCACCAGUUGCACCCAAACCCAAGAUCAAACCACCAUACCAGGCCCAGGAUCUGUCCUGUGGCAAGGUUCAAAACACUAGCGUUGGAAAAUCCACUGAGGUUUGACCUGUGAUACGGUUGAAGAUUUGGCGGCAACCCAAGAAAAGCCGUCUGUUGAGGUCAUGCGUUGAAGAUGAAACUAUUUAAACAUUUUAUACCGGCUGUUACUGUAAUCCAUUACCACUCUGUAAAUAGAUGUUCUUUUUGUAAUCUCACCACUAAAACAAUAGGUCUGUAAAUGUGAUACUUAAAGGGUGCUACGUUUUGAAAUGCGUAACUGACAUGGCUUUGCAUAGUGCGCUGUAAAUCAGUCUAGUUUCAUACUGUAGCUCAUACAAAGGAUCAUAGAGUCGCUGCUUACCUGCUAUUCAUAACAUCAUUGUUGAACUUUACAGUAGUCAAAGAAUGUGGCUCAAUAAUCCUGGUAGCUUUUACAAGCAUGCACCAUCCUGAUCCCAGAGGAGUGUGUCACACAAAGGCAGUUAACACCAUUUAUGCCACCUUUAUUUUUGCCUUUUCUGCAGUUUUAUCAAACUUAAUCACAACAUGUGUCUUACUUAUUUCCUCAAAAAUCAAACACAUUCAUUCUGUCCUUUCUUUUGAUUAACCGUUUUGUAUAAACUAAUAUGUUACUGGAAUGGAGAUAUGUAACACUUGUAUGGCUUUUUAUUUGAAAUACAGAACAUUUGCAGUGAUGAUGAAUAUGUUGGCUUUUAUCUGUGAUUUUAUUUGCACCACAACUAUAUUUUUUUUCAUAAUAAACUUCCAACAACA